AUGUAUAAAAAAAGUGAAUGGAAAAAGUUCUUUAAUGAAAAAAAUAUUCCUAAAACUGAUGAAAAAAUUAAAAAAUCUGAAUUAGAUUCAUCAUUGGAUAUACUCGAAGAUAUACUUAAUGAUGAUAAAACUACUUUUAAAUCUUUACCUGAAGAUUAUCAAAAAAUAAAAAUAGAUAACUUAAAUGAUAAUUUUUUACCACGUGGUGUGAAACAAAAUGAUCUUAAAAAAGCAAUAUCAGAUAAACGAAAUACCUUUAGAUACAGAAUCAAUGAACCUAAUAAUGAAUUCGAUAAUGAUGGUUUAGAUCCAAAUGAAUAUCAAAAAAUAUUAAAAUCAAUUAAUGAAACUCAAGAAGUAAUAUUUGAUAAAUGGAAAAAUAAAGUUAUACCCGAAUUCCUCAAUGAAUUUUUAGGAAAUUUCUUAAAAAGAAAAGGUGAUGAAAAUCUUAAGGAAAAAAAUCUCGAUAAAUGGUUGAAAGGAGAAGAAAUUGAGCCUGAAAUCUUAAAAAAUGGAAUAAAUGGUUCCAAUGUUAUAGAAGAAGAAAAAAAACUUGACAAAUCAUUAGCUGGAGCAUAUCUAUUACCUUAUGUUUUCAACCUCAUAGAUUUUGAUCCAGAAAAAUUAAAAAACGAUGAUGGUAGUUACAAUCCCAACUAUUUUGCUAAAGUAAAAGAUAGCCCUGAAGGUAAAAUACCUAAUGUAGAUAGUCCUGGAAUCUUACCUAUUUUAACUGGUGGUGGUAAAACAACUAAAUUAGUAAGAUGUUUGUUAACAUGUAUAUUUCCUGGAAAACAUAUUAUCUUAAUCACACCCAAUGAAGAAUUAGCUGCAGAUGCUGAAAAUCAUCACAAUACUUGGUUACAAUAUGUUAGUGGUGUUUCUUAUAAAUGCGUCAUACAUGGAAAAGAAGGAGAAUUACCUUACACAGUUAAAAAUGGUGAACUUGCUUCAUGGAUAAAUGGAAACAAAGAAAACAAAAAAGAAUCAAGUGGUGAAGAUGGUAAAUCGACAUUAUCUAUAUUACAAUUACAUCAUCUAGUUAGAUACAUAGCAUGUGGUAAAGUAAAAAUUAAAGAAUUAAAAGACACUAAAAAAAUUCAUAAUAACUUUGAUAAAGUAUUAAUCGAUAUCAAAGAAAAAUUGAUUGAUAAAGAAAAUACCAUAAUCAUCUUUGAUGAAGCUCAUUUUCCGAAUACAAGUUAUCAAGUUGUGCAACCAUUAAUCAUUAGAAUGGGUUAUAAUGUUUUACUGAUGAGCGCAACAUUUCCCAAAAAAAAUUUCUCUAUAUCAACCUCUAAACCUAGAGAUGUUUAUUCAUUAACUAAAUUUGAUAAUCAAACUAAUUGGGAAAAUGAAAAAACACAAAUAUUCUUCAGAACAACUGCAAAUGUAUAUCCUAGAAAAACAACUGGUGAAGAAGACAAAAAUGCUGAACCAUUACUGAAAUCAGGAUUGACACCAAAACAAUUUGAAAUGUUGGAAAAAAGUGAUAUACCAUUUGUAAUAUUUGAUAGCUCAAAUUCUUCUGCAGUAACUGGUAUCACUGAAGGAAUGCCACCUGGUUCUCUUUUCAUAGCAAAUAUAAACCAUGAAAUGGGAUUCAGUCCUGCUAUUGAUAACGUAAUAUUAACUGGUCAAACACAAUUACAAAAAUUAGAAAAAGGAUCUGGUGCAGGUAGAUGGAUUUAUGAUGAACCCAAAAUUCAAUUCUUAUCAGUUGCUAGCAUGAUUCAACAAAUUGGUCAUGUUGGUCGUCUUACACCUAGGAAAGCUUUCUUAACAACACAAAAACUAAAAGAAUUGACACCUCCUAAAGAUAUAGUAUAUCAUAUAAUAAGUGGGAUAAUGCUUCUCGCAAGUGAAGAACCAAUGAAAGAACUUAAUUCACAAGGUUAUCCAUUCACAGCAUCAACUACAGAUCAUAAAUAUCAAAAUUUAUUAUGGGCAUCCAUAGCACUUCCUUACAAAAAAAAUCGUCCUAUGGAAGCUGUAAUGAUUGGUAUGAAAGCAAACCCUAAAGUAACUGUUAGUAAAAGAGAAUUUUGUCCAAC